AUGUCCUCUCGUCCAUCAUCAGUCUCGCCGCCCUGUAUGACCGCCCCGCUCCCCAGUACCAGCCGGUGUAUCAGCACCAGUACGCUUCGCUCCCCUCUACUCGGCCACAAUGCCACCGCUACCGGCAGCGGCACCGACGCGCCGCCGCGUGCCCGACACUGCACCCUUUCCCACCUCGAUCCGCCCGUUACUAUCCUCAUCAACGGCCAAGACGGUGGUGGUUUGGCCAGCCCAUGGCUUGGUAGCGAGAAGGGCACCUCACGCGCCUACGACAAUGUCACCGAUGAUCUUGAUCUCUACUACAAUCUGGCGAGCGACAAGGAGUCUCGCGCCCGCAGGAGAUGGCGAAACAUCCGGGCAAGCUUUCACUCGGGAUCGGCAGCUCAGCGCCGGAGAGUAUGGGGUGUGCUACUGCUGGUGAUGGGACUGGGGUUGGUGACAAUCUCGCUGGGCGGGGGCAUUGGGCGCGCCGGUAUCAGGAUGGGGGUUGGCGCAGGCUGGGGGCUGGUGGAUGAUGUGCAUGGGUUACUGGGGGGGAAGGCGGUGCCCCUAGGUCAUUGGGAUGUCGCGCUGGGACUAGGCGGCGCAAAGGGCGCUGGAACUGAGGGAAAGGGGCCUGAGGAUACUUCCAGGGUCGGGGAGAAGGGCAAGAAGAAGGGGAAGGCCAAGUGGGACAAAGCAAAGCCCAAGAUCGACGACGGACUCCUCCACUUCAACCCGACCGACCUCGUCCGUUCCGACGCUCCACAUCCUAUCACUACCCUGAUCGAGCAGGCGCAAGCGACGUGGGUGGAGAAGAAUGCUCGGCAGAGCAAGACGCUCAAGGAGGCGGUGGGGGAGUAUAAGAGGCGGUAUAGGCGAGCACCACCUAAGGGGUUUGAAAAGUGGUGGAAAUACGUCAAAGCACACAAUGUACCCCUUCCCGACGAAUACGACCAGAUCGCCAACGACAUUCACUCUUUCCACCCUCAUCGUCCCCAUGUCAUCUCCGCCAAACACGCCGCAGCUGCCAAGCUACCCGACACGUAUGUCCUGCGCAACAAAGGCGGAAUCUUGUCGGUCGAGAGAAACUUUGAACUGGCCAAGCACAGCGGUGGAGAGCAGAGAUUGCAGGACCACAUGAAGAUGGUCAAGGGGGUCGCGGGGGAUAUUGGGGAUUUCGAGGCGGUGUGGAGUGUACAUGAUACGGGAAGGGGGUUUAUGAGUUGGAGUCAGAGGAGUGAUCUGCAGCGCGCGAGGGAGGGGAGACAUUUCCUGGACGAGGAGGAGAAUGACGAGCAAACCGGCUGGUCCGCACUCUGCCCCUUCUCCCCUGACUUUGCCUCGGCACUCUACUCCACCCCCUCCACAGCCGAUCUAUCGCUCGACAAAUCAUUCAUCACCUCCCACCCCCUCUCCUACUCCAUCUGCAAUCACCUUUCCCUCAUCCCUAUACACGGAUCCACUGCCGGACCUUAUCGCUCGCCCAAAACGACUGGCCAUCUCCCCAUGUUCUCGUACUCGCGCCACGCGCUCCAGAGCGAUAUCCUCGGCAUCCCCUAUUCGCACACCAUCAAUCAGCCCCCGACGCCUUGGAGCAAGAAGACCGAGAGUCGUCUGCUGUGGCGCGGAAGUCUGACCGGAGCGCACUACGAUGCGAAAGUGGACUGGCGGAGGAGUCAGCGGUUCCGUCUGCUGGAUCUGCACAAGGCCGGUCCGACGUCGAUUCUUACCCCUACGUCCGAUGGGUCGCCCGAUCUUACCGAGACGACCCACGCGCUCGCAGCGGCGCAGUAUCUCGAUGUCGGCGCGACGGGCAAGCCGAUCCAGUGCGACGCACAGACCUGCGCCCUCAUCGCCAAAGAGUACGCCUUUGUUCCUCGGAUGACCCACCAGGCGUCGGCGGCUUACAAGUACGUGCUGGAUGUGGAUGGCAAUGCGUGGAGUGCGCGGUUUAAGGGGCUGCUCAGCACGGGGAGUGUGGUGCUCAAGAGCACGAUCAUGCCGGAGUGGUGGAGCGACAGGGCGCAGGCGUGGGUACAUUACGUACCGGUCAAGGUGGAUUAUGGGGAUGUGCUGGACAUCAUGGCCUAUUUCACCGGCGACCUCACCACGUCCAAAGCGAACGGAAACGACACAGCCGGCCGCGCCAUAGCCGAAGCAGGCCAGAAGUGGGCUGCCACCCACUGGCGAGACGAGGACACAACCGCCUACACGUUCAGGCUGUAUCUAGAGUGGGCGAGAGUGUGGUCUGGAGGAGAUCGGCUGUCAGGGUAUGUGUACGACGAGAAGGAUGAGGUGUAG